CGUCAUACAGUGAAAUAGCCUAUGUACACCGCCAUCUUUGUUCGCACUUGACCUUCCCUGUGGGGUCGUGGACGCUCAAGACAGUACUGAGAGAAACUCGAGAAGUACGAUCGUCAUUUUGCUGUUCACAUAAGUUGUUGGGAUGACUACCAUGUACGAUAGUGCUGGACUGGCAGAGCUGGCGCACCGCGAGUACCAGGCGGGCGACUACGAGAACGCCGAGCGUCACUGCAUGCAGCUGUGGCGGCAGGAGCCGCACAACACGGGCGUGCUGCUGCUCCUCUCCUCCAUACAUUUCCAGUGUCGCCGACUUGAGAAGUCGGCCCACUUCAGCGCCAUGGCUAUCAAGCACAACCCGAUCCUUGCCGAGGCAUACAGCAACCUUGGCAACGUGUACAAGGAGCGCGGUCAGCUGCAGGAGGCGUUGGACAACUACCGACACGCAGUGCGGCUGAAGCCCGACUUCAUCGACGGCUACAUCAACCUGGCGGCAGCUCUGGUGGCCGCCGGCGACCUGGAGGGCGCCGUGCAGGCCUACGUGUCGGCACUGCAGUACAACCCGGACCUGUACUGCGUCCGGAGCGACCUGGGCAACCUCCUGAAGGCGCUAGGCCGGCUAGACGAGGCCAAGGGCUGCUACCUGAAGGCCAUCGAGACGCGGCCAGACUUUGCCGUGGCCUGGAGCAAUCUGGGCUGCGUGUUCAACGCGCAGGGCGAGAUUUGGCUGGCGAUCCACCACUUCGAGAAGGCGGUGGCGCUCGACCCCAACUUCUUGGACGCGUACAUCAACCUGGGCAACGUGCUGAAGGAGGCGCGCAUCUUCGACCGCGCCACGGCCGCCUACCUGCGCGCGCUGAACUUGUCACCCAACCACGCCGUGGUGCACGGCAACCUGGCCUGCGUCUACUACGAGCAGGGCCUGAUCGACCUGGCCAUCGACACGUACCGGCACGCCAUCGAGCUGCAGCCCAACUUCCCCGACGCCUACUGCAACCUGGCCAACGCGCUCAAGGAGAAGGGCCUGGUGGCCGAGUCCGAGGAGUGCUACAACACGGCCCUGCGCCUGCUACCCACGCACGCCGACUCGCUCAACAACCUGGCCAACAUCAAGCGCGAGCAGGGCUUCACCGAGGAGGCCAUACGGCUCUACUGCAAGGCGCUGGAGGUGUUCCCGGAGUUCGCCGCCGCCCACUCCAACCUGGCGUCCGUGCUCCAGCAGCAGGGCAAGCUGAACGAGGCGCUCAUGCACUACAAGGAGGCGAUCCGCAUCCAGCCCACGUUCGCCGACGCCUACAGCAACAUGGGUAACACGCUGAAGGAGAUGCAGGACAUCCAGGGCGCGCUGCAGUGCUACACGCGUGCCAUCCAGAUCAACCCGGCCUUCGCCGACGCCCACAGCAACCUGGCCUCGAUCCACAAGGACUCGGGCAACAUCCCGGAGGCGAUCCAGUCGUACCGGACGGCGCUGCGACUGAAGCCCGACUUCCCGGACGCCUACUGCAACCUGGCGCACUGCCAGCAGAUCGUCUGCGACUGGACCGACUACGACGCGCGCAUGAAGAAGCUCAUCUCGAUCGUGGCCGACCAGCUGGAGCGCAACCGGCUGCCGUCGGUGCACCCGCACCACAGCAUGCUGUACCCGCUGUCGCACCAGUUCCGCAAGGCCAUCGCCAACCGCCACGCCAACCUCUGUCUGGAGAAGAUCGCCGUGCUGCACAAGGCGCCGUUCAAGUACCCGGCCGAGCUGGCGCCGGACGGCCGGCUCCGCAUCGGCUACGUGUCAUCCGACUUCUGCAACCACCCGACGUCGCACCUGAUGCAGAGCAUCCCCGGCUUCCACCGCAAGGAGAAGGUGGAGGUGUUCUGCUACUCGCUCAGCCCCGACGACGGCACCGCCUUCCGUCAGAAGAUCGCGCGCGAGGCCGAACACUUCGUCGACCUCAGCCAGAUCCCCUGCAACGGCAAGGUGGCCGACCGCAUCAACGCCGACGGCAUCCACGUGCUGCUCAACAUGAACGGCUACACGAAGGGCGCGCGGAACGAGAUCUUUGCACUCCGCCCGGCGCCCAUCCAGGUGAUGUGGCUGGGUUACCCGGGCACCAGCGGCGCCUCCUACAUGGACUACAUCGUGACGGACGCCGUGACGUCGCCGAUCCAUCUGGCGCACCAGUACAGCGAGAAGCUGGCCUACAUGCCCGACACCUUCUUCAUCGGCGACCACAUGCAGAUGUUCCCCCACCUCAAGGAGCGCGUCGUUAUCGACAACCUGAAGAACAGCGGCGUACAGGACAACGUGGCCAUCAUCAACGCCACCGACCUGUCGCCGGUGCUGGAGAACACGCAGACCAAGACGCACAAGGAGCGCGUCAGCACGAGCCACGAGGGCUCCGGCGCCACCACGGAGGUGAAGCUGACGGUCGCGCAGCUGCCCACCACCACCGGCAUCGAGGCCAUGAUCCAGAGCGGCCAGCUGCAGACCCAGGUGAACGGUCUGACGAUCCAGAACGGGCUGGCGACGCCGCAGACGGAGCCGAAGGCUGCCUCCGGCGAGGAGGUGCCCAAGUCGAUCCUGGUCACCACGCGCCAGCAGUACGGCCUGCCCGAGAAGGCGAUCGUCUACUGCAACUUCAACCAGCUGUACAAGAUCGACCCGUCCACGCUCAAGAUGUGGAUCUCCAUCCUGAAGGCGGUGCCUAACUCGGUGAUGUGGCUGCUGCGCUUCCCGUCUGUGGGCGAGGCCAACAUCAGCGCCACGGCGCAGGCGCACGGCCUGCCGGCCGGCCGGCUGGUCUUCAGCAACGUGGCCGCCAAGGAGGAGCACGUGCGCCGCGGCCAGCUGGCCGACGUGUGCCUGGACACGCCGCUCUGCAACGGCCACACCACCGGCAUGGACGUGCUGUGGGCCGGCACGCCCAUGGUCACGCUCGUCGGUGAGACGCUGGCCUCGCGCGUGGCCGCCUCGCAGCUGACGGCGCUCGGCUGCUCGGAGCUGGUGGCCACCACGCGCAGCCAGUACGAGCAGAUCGCCAUCAAGCUCGGCUCCGACGCGGCAUUCCUGAAGUCGGUGCGCUCCAAGGUGUGGGAGGCGCGCAUGGUGCGGCCCCUGUUCAGCUGCAGCCAGUACGCCGUCAACCUGGAGCGGCUGCUGCUCCGGCUCUGGGAGCGCUACCAGCGCGGCGAGAAGCCCGACCACGUGACCGAGUGGUGAGCGGACCUCACGAGGGACGCGAACGGCACCGAGUGUUGAGAGGGCCCGCGGGCGUGGGAGGGCGACGCCGCCGCGCGGUGGGCACGCCAUGGGCGGCACGAGCGUGAGCAGCGGUGGAUGCGCCCGCGGGUGGCGCAGGCGUGGCCACGCGGCAGACCGGCUCACCAGACCGGAGGACGGCGAGACGCUGACUCACGUCGCCGAGCGACGCCCGCGGUGGCUGGACCGCGGCGAACCGCCGCACUGAACUGCGGCGGGAUCGCCUCCAAUGGGCAUACGGUCGCGUGGUCGGACGGCGCAGCGGCGCGGCUACUGGACAGACGCCGGAGCCCCCGACCGCGCCGCUGGGCGGCGGGCCGGCUCGGCAGAGGCCGGGCUGUGGGCGCCGCCCGCGUGGACGGCGUCAGACGUGAGCGGGCCGGUGUCGGCGUGCGCUGUUGUGGAGACGGCGAUGCUUUGUGCGUGGUGGCGAGACUGGCCGACGGUUCUCCCUGCACCUCCGUCGCCGCCCUCUGUGCUACUGUAGCUUUAGCUUGUCCACAGUCGGCGUUUGCUGCGGCGCCAGAGCUGUUGCUGGGCGGGGGGAGGGGGAGGGCAGCGGGCGGUUGUAGAUAGCCCUGUGUAUGCCGCCGCCGUGUGUGUGUGUGUGUGUGGACGGCGCGCCGCGGCUGCGAGUGUGCGCGCGCGCGUACCGGCCGCUGCUCUGCGCUGUACCUGCCCCGGACUUUGCGUGUGCGUGUUUGUGUGUGUGUGUGUGUGUGAGGGAGGGGUCGGGACCUUGCCGCGAGCGAUGUCCGCUGGUUUCGAGGACGGAAGGAGGAUGGUUUGUCGAUAGUGUGGUAGUGUAGGGCCGUUCGACAUUCAUGUGAUACUUCCUCCUGUAGCCGAAUAUAUUGGUGAACAUUGCA